AUGUGGUAUGCUGCUCAUCACGUUUUCCUUUCCUUCGAGCUUGGUCAAGCGGACGGCCGAAUAGACAUCUACAAGGUCGGGAACGAGAAAUGCAAGCAUGAAGGGGAGGGGGCGCUGGAGAAAUUCCGCUUUAACCUGGAGAGGAAAGACUGGGUCUUGGAGAAGGAUUUCCCCGAGGAAGGAAUCACCAUCAAGUCUGUGUACGAUGAAGAGACAAAGGAUUAUUUCCUCUACACAGUGGCCACAUUUGACUUCGAGAACGACUGGCUGGCCCAAGACAUGCUGGAACACUCGCUGGACGCCACCGCCGAAUGGUCCUCCGACUGCAAGGAGCUCACGGUCGUUCGGGUUCGUCCGAAUUGUGUCUCUUGGGAGGUUGAGGGGUUCGUGUCGUUCCUUUAUUAA